GGCGGAGCGCCGGGAUGUGGCGGGCGGCGGCGGUGUGGGCGCUGCGCGGGGCCCCCGGGGCCGGCGCCCCCCGGGCCGCGUCGGGAGCGGCGGCGGCGCAGCUGCGGCGGCGGCUGGAGAGCGAGCUGGAGGAGAUCCGCGGCGCCGGCACCUGGAAGAGCGAGCGCGUCAUCUCCUCCCGGCAGGGCCCCCACCUCCAGCUGGCGGGCGGCGGCGCCGGGAUCAUCAACUUCUGCGCCAAUAACUACCUGGGGCUCUCCAGCCAUCCCGAGGUGAUCCGUGCCGCUGUGGAGGCCCUGGAGAAGUUCGGCGCCGGGCUCAGCUCCGUCCGCUUUAUCUGCGGUACCCAGAGCAUACACAAGGACCUGGAGGAGAAGAUCGCACGUUUCCACCAGCGGGAAGAUGCCAUUCUCUAUGCCAGCUGCUUUGAUGCCAACGCUGGUAUCUUUGAGGCCCUGCUGACCCCAGAGGAUGCAGUGCUGUCAGAUGAGCUGAACCAUGCUUCCAUCAUCGAUGGGAUCCGCCUGUGCAAGGCCAACAAGUACCGCUACAAGCACAUGGACAUGCAGGACCUGGAGGCCAAGCUGAAGGAAGCUCAGAAGCAUCGGCUGCGGCUGGUGGCCACUGACGGAGCCUUCUCCAUGGACGGUGACAUCGCGCCGCUGAGGGAGAUCUGCCAGCUGGCGCACAAGUACGAUGCCCUGGUCUUCAUCGAUGAAUGCCACGCCACAGGGUUCCUGGGACCCAACGGGCGGGGUACUGAUGAGCUCCUGGGAGUGAUGGACAAAGUCACCAUCAUCAAUUCUACCCUUGGAAAAGCUCUUGGAGGAGCUGCAGGUGGGUACACAACAGGUCCCAAACCCCUCAUCGAUCUGCUCCGCCAGCGCUCCCGCCCGUACCUCUUCUCCAACAGCCUGCCCCCUGCCGUGGUGGGCUGUGCAUCCAAGGCCCUGGACCUGCUCAUGGAGAGCAAUGCCAUUGCACAGUCUAUGGCUGCCAAAACCCAACGGUUCAGAAGUAAGAUGACGGCGGCUGGCUUCACCAUCUCAGGGAAAGACCACCCCAUCUGUCCAGUCAUGCUGGGGGAUGCUCGGCUGGCCUCAGUGAUGGCAGAGGACAUGCUCAACAGAGGCAUUUACGUGAUUGGCUUCAGCUACCCCGUGGUGCCCAAGGGCAAGGCGCGUAUCCGGGUGCAGAUCUCGGCCGUGCACAGCGACGAGGACAUUGACCGCUGCGUGGAAGCCUUCACCCAGGUGGGACAGAAGCACGGAGCGCUGCCCUGAGGGGCCAGAACCAGGAAACACCUCUUCAGCACCAUCCCUGCCCACAACCAAGUGCCUCUGAUGGGGAAAAAGGCCUGAGCAGCACACUGCCAAAAGCAGGACCGUUCCUCAAGGCAUCACAGCCUGCACCGUGAGUCAGCCAGCUGCUGCUGUGGUGUGCUGGCAGUAGCACUGGCAACCAGCACGUGAAAGUGUCAUUAAAGGUGUCCUGCAGUGCAGCAGAUA